UGUAACCCUUGUUUACUUCUGUGACUCAGUUUCCUCUUCAGUAAAUUGGAGAAGAUGAUAUGAAACAGUGUGUAGCUCAUGAUAAGUGCUAGUGUGUUAUUAUUAUUAUUUUUCCCUGACCCAAACUUCAAAUCUCGCUUUGAAGGUGCGAGAAAGGAGACCGAGGAGUUCAAUCCCUUCUAGUGACUCGACUUGAGUGUAGGUCAAGGGCAUAGGAAGAUUUAGGUGGUUUAAAAUCUCAACGGUGGAGGGGAUUAGUGGAGGUGACGAGGGUGAGGGAGCGGUUAGCAGGUGCAGAGGGUGGAGUCUUCCUGAUCCCCAGGCCGAAGGAUGGCGGCCCUCGCCCGCCUGCUGGAGCGUCUUCUCUGGCCAUCUCGCAAGGAAGAAGAGGCGGAGGAGGAGGAGGAAGAGGAGGGGAGGUCUCCGGACAGGCCUCAAUCCCUUCUGGACGCGCCGCGCUGCGCCCAGCGGCCGCACGGGGGUGUGGCGGCGUCGUGUGCCCUGAGCUUCGGGGCGAGCUCAGUGCAAGGCUGGGGAGCACACAUGGAGGACGCGCAUUGCGCUUGGCUCGCCCUACCCGGGCUGCCCCCAGGCUGGUCUCCCGGCGGCUCCACCGCUGUGGCAUUGCUGGUUUCCCCGCGCUUUCUGUACCUGGCGCACUGUGGUGACUCCCGCGCGGUGCUGAGUCGCGCCGGCGCCGUGGCCUUCAGCACCGAGGACCACCGGCCUCUCCAUCCCAGGGAACGCGAGCGCAUCCACGACGCAGGCGGCACCAUCCUCCGCCGGCGCCUCGAGGGCUCUCUAGCAGUAUCGCGAGCACUGGGAGACUUUGCUUACAAAGAGGCUCCAGGAAGGCCCCCUGAACUGCAGCUCGUUUCCGCGGAGCCUGAGGUGACCGCCCUGGCACGCCAGGCCGAGGAUGAGUUCAUGCUCCUGGCCUCUGAUGGAGUGUGGGACGCGAUGUCUGGCACUGCCCUGGCGGAACUGGUGGCAUCGCGCCUCUGCUUGGGCUUGGCUCCUGAGCUUCUCUGCGCGCAGCUGUUGGACACGUGUCUGUGCAAGGGCAGUCUGGACAACAUGACCUGCAUCCUGGUCUGCUUCCCGGGCCCCAGGCCUUGUGAGGAGGCCAUCAGGAAGGAGCUAGCACUGGACGCAGCUCUGGGACACAGGGUUGUAGAGCUAUGUACCUCUACCCAGGAGCCUCCCAGCCUGAACACAGUUUUCAGGACUCUGGCCUCUGAGGACAUCCCAGAUUUGCCUCCUGGGGGAGGGCUCUACUGCAAGGCCACAGUCAUCGCUGAAGCGUAUUCUGAGUUCUGCCAGGCCUCAGGAGAGCGCUGGGUGGUAAGGACCCUGUGUUCCAUAAUCUUUCUCUUAGAAGCAUGUAAUCCAGCCCCCUCACACUGCCCCACCUCCUUAAGUGAGGGGGAAAUUGAGGCCAGGGGGAGAAGGGCCUUGCCUGAUACAUUAAUAAAUUCUCACUCCUGGUCCUGAAAUUUGUGCUAGACAUGAUGGGAGAGGGGGGAUGCUGAAGCAGAGAAGAGACUAUGCUUGCCCUUCAAGAAAUGUACCCUGUACAUUGCUCUGUGAAGCCCUAUCAUCCCAAACACCACCCACUCUAUCCCAGAAUAAGGCAAAAAAAUUCAAGGAAUGUUGAUGACCCAUACCAAAGGCUGAUUGCGCUGCAGAGACCACCAUAACAUCUCUGAGGGUGGUCCGGGUCUUAGAUGAGAGAGGUUGGGCACAGACAGCCUAUUUGGAGAUGUCCAAAGAAGUGGUGGGCAAAACCAGAUAAACUGAGGCAUUGGGUGGGAGUCAGGGAGGAAAUGUGAAGUAGGAAACCUGAAAGCCUUUGCAGGGCAG